GGAAGUUGUAUUCAGUUAGUAGCAGUAGCCGCCCCUGCUAGUGCCUUGCACCAUAAGUUGUAGAACCAGAUAGUCUUUACUCUUUAGUUUGAAAAUGUCUUUAGGUUGUAGCCAAGUCGUAUAAAUGUGUAAGGUAAUCGUUCAGUUGACGGGGCGGUAUCGUUUAAUUUAAGGCGCAACAAGAUAGAAUAACCCAGGUUAGCAAGUUGUCUAGCUAAGUAACGUUAGCUAAUAGGAGAAUUUUCACUCGCAGGUCAUGAUAAAAACGACUGUGAUAACUGCAGAAGAAGAUAAAUAGUUCACCAGCGAACUGCAGUGAAAUGAUAUCGUUGAAGUAGUUUAAUAUAUGGUCAAAUGAUACGUGUAGAUGGGGACUCUACUACUUUGUGCAGUGUUACUUUCCCCUUGUUGGGUAAACUGUGUAACAAGCCCUACUUUGCUUCGGGAGGAGCGUUUAAACGAAGAUGACAAGGAAUUUGGUGUGCUCCGCUCCCUACUGGCUGACUUUGAGGUUCUCCCACUCGUCAGCUUACAGAGGCACUCGCUGAAGAGGAGGGACACAGCCCCACACUCGCAUGUGGAGCGACUGGUCAGCUUCUCUGCGCUGAAGAGGAAUUUUCAGCUUUACUUGACAACAAAUACGGACCUCUUUAGCGAGAAUUUCAAAGCAAUCUUUGUCAACGAUCAAGGAAAUGAGGAGCAGUAUGAAGUUCAGAUGGAGAAUUACUUCAAAGGCCAUGUCGUAGGAGAGGAGCACUCUCGUGUGCAGGCACAUAUGGAUGGGGACGAGUUCUCUGCUCACAUCCUCACAGAUGAAGCAGAGUACAACGUGGAGCCUCUGUGGCGGUUUAUCGAGACGGCCUCUGAUGGCCGGCUGCUGGUGUACCGGUCCGAGGACAUCAAGAACAUCAGCCGGCUGGCCUCCCCCAAAGUGUGUGGUUACGUCAACACCGAGGCCCAGGACCUCCUUCCAGAACAAGCCAGAGUGACCGGAAGAGAGGAGGGGGACAAGGGUGAGUGGACAGAACCCCUUCAUAGGGAGAAGAGGGCCGCGGCCCACGACCACAAGAAGAACACCUGUCCCCUGCUGCUGGUGGCGGACUACCGCUUCUUCAGACACAUGGGUCGCGGAGAAGAGAGCACCACCCUCAACUACCUGAUUGAGCUGAUUGACAGAGUGGACGACAUCUACAGGAACACCUCUUGGGACGAUGAGUUCAAAGGUUACGGGGUUCAGAUCCACCAGAUUAUCAUUCACAAAGAGCCCACGCAGGUAUCCAGUGGUGGAGCUCACUACAACAUGGAGGGCAGCCCCAGCCGCCUAACGCCCAAAGGCCGCCAAGAAGUGAAGGUGUGGGACGUCAAGAAGCUCUUGGAGCAAUUCAGCUCAGAUAUUGCAGACAACGCCUCCACCGUGUGUCUGGCUCACCUGUUCACAUACCAGGACUUUGAUGAGGGCACGCUGGGACUGGCCUACGUGGCCCCGUCCAAACCUCACGCCCUUGGGGGUCUCUGCCCAAAACCGUACUAUCCAUCUUCCUCUGCAAAGAAGGCUAGUUACCUCAACACUGGUUUAACCAGCACAAAAAACUAUGGAAAAACCAUUCUUACCAAGGAAGCGGACCUGGUUACCACACACGAGCUAGGCCACAACUUUGGUGCGGAGCACGACCCAGACAACAUUGCCCACUGUGCCCCUAGUGAUGACCACGGAGGGAAGUUCGUCAUGUACCCCAUAGCUGUGAGUGGGGACCACUACAACAACAAGCGCUUCUCCAACUGCAGUAAGACGUCCGUCAGCAAGACGCUGAGCUUCAAGGCUCCGUUGUGCUUCCGGGUGAGGAACAGUAAGCUGUGCGGGAAUUCCCGUGUGGAAGAGGGCGAGGAGUGUGACCCGGGCCUCCUGCAUCGCUACGAGGACCCCUGCUGCACCUCCAACUGCAAGUUCCGACCUGAGGCCCAGUGCAGUGACCGCAAUAGCCCAUGCUGCAAAAACUGUGCGUUUGAGCAGCCAGAGAAGACGUGCCAGGAGCCCAUCACUGCUACCUGCAAGGGCCUUUCCAAAUGCACAGGCACCAACAGCGAGUGCCCGGCCCCUGGCAACCUGCCAGACGAGACGGUGUGCGUGGACAUGGGCCGAUGCCGCGGAGGGGACUGUGUUCCGUUCUGUGAGGCCCUGCACAACCUGGAGUCCUGCGCCUGCAACGAGACGUAUGACUCAUGCAAAGUGUGCUGCAAGAAUGCAGAUGGCCUCUGCACGCCGUUCACGUUAGAGAGCGGCAACUUCCUGUUCCUGCGGAAGGGCAAGCCCUGCACCGUAGGCUUCUGCGACGAGGGGGGAAAAUGCAUGAAGCAGGUGCAGGAUGUCAUUGAGAGGCUUUGGGACUUCAUCGACAAGCUUGACAUCAACACUUUUGGGAAGUUCCUAGCGGACAACAUCGUGGGCUCCGUGGUGGUGUUCUCCCUCGUCUUCUGGAUUCCCCUCAGCAUCCUGGUGCACUGCGUGGACAAGAACCUGGACAGGCAGUAUGAGAACAGCAAGUCCAUCAUGUACCCCAGUACCGCCGAGAUGCUGAACAACCUGGAGUCGGCGCCCGUGCGCAUAAUCAAGCCCCCGGCGGCACCCUUGUUCUCAGCGGCCCAGGCCUCGGGAUCGGGCCCCGGCUCCAGCAGCAGCAGCAGCACCAGCGGGCCCUCGGGCCCCCAUCCUCCUCUUCCUCAGCCGGAGCAGGCGCCAGCGGAGGCAACGGCCGCCCCAGGCCCUGCCCCGGCCUCCGCCGGACCCAGAGCGGAUCAGCCGCGCAUGGCCACCAUCCAGGAGGACACCAGCAGCAGCGGCUCGCUGCCGCCGCCGGACGACGAGCUUCCGGAGGGGGCCGUCUUCCCCCUGCCAAGCGGCCCUCCGUCCACCGCACGCUCCUUCCAGGACCUGAGCGAGCAGCAGGGGGCGGCCUCGUCGCCCGGCCGGAGGCGCCUCAAGAGGCAGGCCUGCGUCGACAAUAAGGAGACCGAAUGCUGAAGGUGGAGGGGGGUUCGCUCAAGCACACGCCCAAACCUAUAUAUAUUUGUAUGAAAUAUUACUGUAUAUACUGCACACAGAAAAGGUAAUACACACUGUAUACUUCUGCACAGCCACGGUCCUAUGGGCGAAGAGGAAAUGGAGAGAGAUCAGGCAGUUGUGGGGAAAGAGUGCAUUUGCAACUGCCCAUGUGUCUGACGAUGGUCGAUAGUAGUCAUAGUCGAUGAAUAGUCAAAACACAAGCAUUAGGUGCUUAAAGUAGUUAAUGGAUGCCAGUGGCUGCUUGCUUAGACAAUUUCUGUGGUGUAUGUUUGAGAACUGGAGGUCUGAAAGUGCCGUAUGUUGAGAAUCAUUUUUAUGUGUCGAAGUUUGAAGUCGGUUUAAGAGAAUGUGUAAGAGCUUGUCCUAACUGCAUUAUCCGACUUGUCACGUACCACUAAAUGUUCUCUGUCCACACAGAAUCCGUUAAACAUGCUUCUCCGUCAUGUUUCUCGGUCAAUAUAGCAGACCAACGUGAGCGACAGAAAGAAAAUAGAAACAGGACGUCCGACAAAAGUUCUGCUCAAAACACACUGCACAGCACUGCACCACUCCGUGAAAGCAUUCUAAUGGAAAACAAACUAAUCACAAACAAACUAAGACUGAUUUUGUCGUUUGCAGGUAGGACGCAGUGUGAGUGAUCAUAUUCCCUUUACCUUCUGCAAUCAGGAGACGUGUGGUCUCUAGAUCUGCCUGUUUAUGAUCCUAAAAGCCAUUCAAUCAUGCAGAAAGGUUUUCUACACAAACACAAAGCACUAGAUCUUCUUACUGUGCAUGUCAGGUAUACAUCAAUAAACAAAAUAAGAGCUUUUUUACUUAAGUUGGAAGUGCCAGCAAUUUUGCACUCUAAACCAGGGACCCUUGAGAUCUGUACUAUGAUGGUCACUUGGAAUCGUGACUAUUGCGUCCAUAUUUAAAUGCUGUUUAGUCAUUCUGAUUGCCGAAAAUAUUAUGGUUCACAUUAUUGGCAUGCAUGUGUCAUUAUGCCACUAAAGUAUUUUUAGUAGGUUAUGAAUGACACCAUAUAGCCUCUUAUGCUACACACAUAACAUAGAAAACUUUUGUUAUGGCCUGCUGCCCUAAUUUAAAUAAGAUGAAUAAUUCUAUACUAAUUGUUACUAUUUUACAUAUUAUGUCUGCAUUAUCAUUGUUAGUCUCAAUGUACUUACUGUAAGAUGUGCCUUUGCAUUUAUUUCUGUUAUUAAUAUUGAGGUUUUUGAGGUUUUUUUCUAGUUGUUUUAUUCAGUAUUCGGUGUAACAAAAAAUACAUUACUUGGUUUUGAAAUAAAUAUAUCUAAUGAUGAGCUUUUCUCAUCCUACAUAUAUUACAUCAGCUGGGCCCUCUCCUGCUGACUGAUGUGCCAUGAAACAUACCCUGUCCUUCACCUGUGGAAAAAACAUCUUUUUAUUUUAAUGUUUUUGUUUGUUUUUACUUGUGUGUGUUUAUGUUCAGUUGGUAAAUGUUGAUUUACAAUUGACUGAUAAUGAGUAAGAGUGUAGACCUUGGGGUAAAAAGUCUUUGCGGGAAUGUGUGGUUCUUCAACCUCAAGGAGAAAGAUUAGAAAUGUGUGUGUGUGUGUUAAGCUGUCUGUUACAUUUGACCACUGUCAUGAUGAGCACCUGAAUUAAUAAAUUGAAAUUGCCUCAGUGAUGUUAUGUA